UACAAGAACGCACUUAAAUUAAUAUUAAAAAACCAUUAGUCCAGAUAACUUUACACAGCUGAUUGUUCCUGUUCGUAUUACGCAGAGUCAAGUGGUUCAUAUGAUGGACCACACGUCGGAGUUAGAGAAAAUUAACGUCGGUGGAAACGAAAAUGGAAAGAGCGAAACGGAAAAAACUUACAGUGAAGUGGAAUCGAGACAUUCACCUUUUGCUAGACAGGCAUUUAUUUCAACGGGAGCGUUCAUGCUGUCGUUUGGAGCUGGUGCCACAGCUGGCUUCUCAUCAAUUCUUAUACCCCAAUUGAAGCACGAUAUGAAAAAUCAUAAUUUCAGCACAGAAAUGGAAUCAUGGGUGGCGGCCAUGGCUUCAUUGGCGCUUUUGUUUGGUAACAUGAUAUCGGGAUACUUAAUGGAAAAAAUGGGAAGAAGAGCGUCACAGAUUUUGUUGUCUGUCUUUUACAUUGGAGGAUGGACUAUCAUUGGAUUUGCCGGCAAUAUCCAUUUGAUUUUAUUUGGACGAUUUAUAACAGGAUUUUGUCAAGGAUGGUUAGGUCCAUUAGGCCCUGUUUUUGUUGGAGAGAUAAGUUCACCGGCAUACAGAGGGUUAUUUUUGGCUGGUUUAUCUUUAAGCAUAGCAUCGGGGGUCUUUAUGUCACAUUUAUUUGGAACAUUUUUACACUGGAGCCAUGCGUCUUUCCUUUGUGGAGCCUUCCCUCUUUUUGGAUGUAUAAUUCUUUAUUUUGCACCAGAAUCACCAGCAUGGUUGGCUUCUAAAAACGAAAUCGAUAGAUGCAUAAAAGCUUUUCAAUGGUAUAGAGGAACGAGCGCAGCUAUGAAAAUGGAACUUGAUAAAAUGAUAGAAGACCAAACUAAGAAGAAGGAAGUGCAAAGUAAACUGAAAACUUUAACAGUGAAUAUAAAGAAGCCUGAGUUUUGGAAACCCUUGUGUAUAAUGAUUGUGUUUUUCAUAGUGACUCAGUUAUCAGGUAUUAAUGUGGUUUGCGCGUACGCAACAGAUAUAAUGGAAGUUAUUAUAGGAAACAACUCUAACACUUACGCUGCUAUGUUAGCUAUAGAUAUAUUAAGAGUUAUUGCUUUGGUUUCAGCCUGUAUUUUACUUAGGAGAAAGGGUAGGAGACCUUUGGCUCUAUUUAGUGGAGUUUUUACUACAUGUUCUUUAAUACUCUUGGCUAUUUAUUUAUAUAUGUUGGAAAAACGCAUCAUAAGACACAUAUCACCGAUAAUUUCACUCAGUUUGAUGGCUAUUUAUGUUUUUGUUUCCAACUUGGGGAUAUCACUGUUGCCUUGGAAUAUGGUUGGUGAAUUAUUUGCAACUGAAACCAAGGGUUUGGGUUCUGGAAUAAGUGUAAUGAUGACUUCUGUAGCUUUUUUUGGUACCAUUAAAACUGCUCCAGCCAUGUUUAAAAGUUUUGGUCAUCAUGGAACUUAUUUAUUUUAUGGUAUAUCAACUUUAUUUGGAACUAUAUUUCUGUACUUCUACCUUCCGGAAACAAGAGGUAAAACUCUAUUACAAAUUGCUGAAGAAUUUAGAUACGGAGACAAAGGAAGAAAAAAAGAAACUACUGAAUUGACCAGUGUAUAACGGUAAAGUUGUAGUGAAUAGGUACUGAUUAGCUAACAUACUAGCUAGCUCAUAAACUAGCAAAUUUUUCUCAUUUAGACAUUAAAUGAUUUUUAACAUAUGUAGAAUAGGUAAUUAUCAAUAACUUAUUCUUCGACGUUAGUUCAAAUUGUCACCCGUUUAGUGAUUUAUGUAUUUAAUAUAAUAAGUGAUUAGGAAAUAGCGUUUGUUAUUAUCUAUAUAUAAAAUUAAGUCAAGAGAGAUAACAAUGAAUGUCACGGGCAGUCUAACAGUAUCAAGAAAUUUUAUCUUCUACUAAAUUUACUGUUUUAUAUCAUUCGGCAACGUUUUAUAGCUCGAUAAACAUUUCGGAAAUUUGCUUAAAUUUUCCAAGCAAUGAUUAAUUAUGAUGAUUCAAGAAAGUUUAUGACGCUUGGCGUGUACUUGAUUAUAAAAAGCGAAGGUCUAUUUCACAGUACGUUAGAGACGGACAAGUGGCACGCGUCGUCGCUAAAUUACAAACAUCUUCCUGUUUUGACACGUGGCUAUGACCCAUGAAGUACCACUCCAUGAUUCGCUGACAUCUGCAAGAAAUUUUUUCGUACUCUAGAAAUUCCCACGUUGGAACUUGGAACGCGACAUGUUUUUGUCAGAACUAAAAAAUCAGGAAACCAUCUGGGUAGUGGGUAUUCUAUAUUUAGUGACUCUUAAUAAAUGAAAGUGUAGAAAGACCUUUACGUAAUUUUUUUGAAGCUUAAGAAGUUUUAGAUGUUUAUUAUUUUAGGAACAAUAUUUAAAACUACGUAUUACACCAACUACGAAAUAUUUAAGUAAAUUACAUGUGUAUAUUACGUAAGGUUUGCGUCAAUUUAAUAUCGCAAUUUGUUAUCGCUAUUACAUAUUUGUCUCUAAUUGUACUUAAAAUUGUGUUUGUGAUCUCUUUCUGUAGUUUUUAAAUGUUAUAUUGUCUAUGGUAUUUCUAGUAAAUCAUUAUUCUAAUGUUUUUUUAAUGCAAAUAAAUAGCUAAUAACUAUCCUAUAUUAGAGGCUUAUUUUGAACCAAACCAAACGAGGAUUUGUAAAGAACGUGCCUCUUUACAUUUACUUUUGAGUAGUUCCUGUGCAUUCAUUUGUUUAUUAUUAACGAAAUGCAUAUCAUAUCAUGAUUUUUUGGUUGAUGGAAACGGAACGAAUAUUUAAUAUCACACAAUAGGACACGUGGCGGAAACUGUACACGUGUUAUCAAUUAGGCAGGAAUGUUAUAAAAAAAUGACUACAAAAUAAGCUUCACCCUUAAGGGGGUGGAGUCGAAGCAUAAAGAAUUGUACUGACCAAUAUUUUGAUAUCAUUUGAAAUACAUUUGCCAUAUUAACAAAAUGAUUUUAUGAGUUCUUAUUUUACACAAAAGUGAAUCUUUACAUUGUUGUAUUAUUUAUUAUACUAACAUUCAAUUACGUAAUCACUAUUGAUAAAUGUAAUGGAAAAUAAAUCUGUCUUCACCCA